AUGGAUGAUUAUAGCCAAGGGGCAUUAUCGUCAUCUUACUACACUGUUCUUGGUGUUAGUUCAGAUUCUUCUAUAAACGAAAUAAGGCGUGCAUACAGAAAGCUUGCUAUGCAAUGGCAUCCAGAUAGAUGGACAAGAACACCUUCUUUACUUAAUGAAGCCAAAUGUAAAUUCCAGAAAAUUCAAGAAGCUUAUUCAGUGCUAUCUGAUCCGAAGAGGAGAACUAUGUAUGAUGCUGGAUUGUAUGAUCCUCAAGAGGAAGAGGAUGAGGAAUUUAGUGACUUUAUGGACGAAAUGGCGUCCCUUAUGGUGGAAGUUAAGCGAGAGGAGAAGGUUUAUGGUUUGGAUGAGUUGCAGGCCAUGUUCAUGGAAAUGGCUGAAGGAUUUGAGACUCCUUCUAUGUAUUUUGGGACACCAACUAGGGUUGAUGAAUCAUGUGUUACAUAG